AUCAGUCAAGAGUGCUUUUCUAUCACCAACCAGCCCUACGUAACCACUCUUAGUGGCGGCGCCUCUUGGCCCGUUGUCGAUCAUCCUCUCGCGGUUACCAUACGCCAACGCGGUUAUUGCAAACGUAAAUUUCGAUUUGCCCGCGCCUCUACCUUGGAAGGUUUCUAGACCGGUUCGCCUUGUUUGGGCACCGCUCCUUUAAUCUUCGCCUUAGGCAAUUGCUCAUACCGACAAUUCAAUUCCUAUUUGGAACUUCCCAAGAUGUCGCUUGGGGGAGCAUUUCGCUCAUUCUGGCAUUCUAUGACCAGCAAUGACAGACACUCGACGUAUGAUUCUCCUCACCGAACAGGCCGCCAUGUACCCCUCGAUAGACAGGGCACGCUCACAUCAGUCGCGACCGCUUCCGAAUCCCGAGCCGAUAUCACAUCUCCAUACGUCGAUGAACUCGGUCGGUUAUCUAGUGGUAUGGAUGGCACGGGCUAUUCCGGUGCUGGGCUCCCAGCAACCUCUCCCAUGUCGCCUGGCUCCAACGGACCAUACUCUCCCGGAUUAAGAUCCCUUAACGCUCAGCGCCAGGGCGCCAAAGAUGACGGAUUUGAGACUGUUAGUAGCCCGGGUGAAAUUCCGAUGCAGUCAUUUGUGGAUGGUGGUCCGCCGGCGCCCCCAGUGACACAUUCAUGGAGGCGGAUUGAUAAGUGGGCAGAGGAAAACUAUCCUGAAUUGUUUGACCAACUAUGUGAAGGGUGCACCACCAACGAUCUAAACGAACUAGAACACCAACUGGAUUGUUCACUCCCCCAGGACGUUAGAGACUCCUUAUCAGUUCAUGAUGGACAAGAACGUGGCGGUAUCCCGACAGGUAUUAUUUUCGGCUCUAUGUUGCUCGACUGCGAAGAAAUGGUACAAGAAUGGGAUCAAUGGAGGAAGGUCAACCAACAAUAUCUGCUUGAUACGACUAUAGUGAAACCUGCUGUGCCUUCUAAGGCAUUCGGAGGUAGUAACCAAGCUUCGUCUUCUAAAUCUGCUCCCGGCUCGCCUAGCUCCCACGGUUCCCAUAAGGAUUCGUGGAGACAGGAACUUCAGUCCCGCCAAGAUUCCGUUCCCCAGGGUUCCGUUCAACGCGCUUACGCACACCCUGGCUGGAUUCCUCUCGUACGAGAUUGGGGUGGGAACAAUCUUGCUGUUGAUCUCGCGCCCGGUCCUGCCGGUCUUUGGGGUCAAAUUAUUCUUUUCGGCCGAGAUUACGAUACCAAGUAUGUUGUUGCGAAAUCCUGGGCGGCAUUCCUCGCGAUAGUCGCGGAUGAUUUGAACAGCGGUAAAUGGUUUGUCGAUGAGGAUACGAACGAGCUCAAGCUGCGCGAGUUUAAGACGACUCGUGUUGAGCCAUCUUACUUCGAUAUCUUGAGAUGGAGGAUGGACCAGAAGCAUGGACGUGGCGCAAAAGCAGCCGCGAAACGCAGGUCUAUGGCUCCGAAUGGUGCUGCUACCUCUCCAGGAGGUUCUCCUUACGCCAGCCCUACGGACGGGAACGGGGAGCCUCGUGGCCGUACAUUGCAAAGACUUAGUAACCCGUCGCCUCUGGGAAGUCCUAAUCGUCCUGGUUUCGGAAAGCCGAGUCCUCUUGCACGAGUUACCGAGGAGGCAUCGCUUCCGAUUUCUGACACUAAAUUGGAACCUAACGGUGUGAAGCAGCCUAAGCUCGUGGAAGUGGAGACCCCCCGGCCUAGCGAUGAGGUCAAGGAGCCCCCAAUCAUAAUCGAGGCUAAAGGAAAGGACGUAUCACCCCCGAAACCUACAGUGGCAGAUGCAGACGACAAGGAAGAGUUGGGAGAGGGGAUGAAGACCAUCGAGAUUUGAUACGAAAGUUCGACGACCUGCAAUGAUACGUAUUGUACCACGACUACUUAAUAGACAACAAAAAGGAUGGCGUUCAAGGGUCAGAUCCGGUGCAAAUCGGUAUCGUAGUUACUUUCGGCGACGGUCUUUUGCUUCUUGCGGCCCACACGAUUCUUUCUGAUUAAGCACAUUC